CCGGCGCGCCCGCGGCCAGAGGUGGAAGUAGAGGUCGGCGGCCAGCAGCGCCCCGAGCAGCAGCAGCACGGCAGGGCGGUCCCGCCGCGGGCCCGGCAUGUAUGGAUUUAAAACCCAUCUUCCUUAGAGAUGCCUCUGACUUGCCAAAAGGUAAAUGCCUCUGUCUGCUGCUUUUUGUCUUUUUCACUUGAAAUGCUGCAGAGCUGCCCUGGUCCCACCCUGCAGACUGUCAUGUUUGCAAAAGGGAGGAGAUGAGAAUUAUCCCUUUCUCACUGCCCUUAAUUAGGAGGAUUAAACACCAGGGCAGCUACACAGCACCACAAAGGAGAGGAAAAGAUCAGCUGGAGCAGAGUUCUGCAUUUGCUGCUGCACUGAGAAGAGCACAGAGGUGCCAGGAGCAAUCCUGCAGCUCUGCUCCUGCUCCUGGUCCAGCUGGGACUCAGAGCAGCAGGGCCAUGUCCUCUCUGCAUGGUGCUGGUGGUGAUGGUGGUGAUGGUGGUGGUGCUGAUGGUGAUGAUAGUGGUGGUGCUGGUAGUGGUGAUAGUGGUGGUGCUGCUGAUGGUGGUGGUGAUGGUGGUGGUGGUGGUGGUGGUGAUGGUGAUGAUGAUGGUAGUGAUGGUGCUGAUGGUGAUGAUGGUGCUGGUGGUGAUGGUGGUGGUGGUGAUGGUGGUGAUGGUGAUGAUGGUGCUGGUGAUGAUGGUGAUGGUGGUGAUGGUGGUGGUGAUUGUGGGAUUCACAUUUUCUGAACCUGAGAGAAGCAGAGAAAAGAAUGAUCAAAACAAUUCUUAUCUCAUUGGCUGCUCCUGUGUUUUGCCAAUUAAAAUGCAAUAUGGAGAUUGUUUACCCAAAGCGAUGGUGGUUGUUUCCCUUGGCCAAAUGUGUGUGCAGACUGUCGGUCAGCAGAGUCACAACAUUCUGAGCAGUUGAGUUAAAUUAACUAUUUGUACAGAUUCAGCUUAAAUGCAAUGUAAUAUAAAAUAAUAUAGUAUAAUAAAGUAAUUAAUGAACCUUCUAAUAAAAUAAAGUCCUCCUUGACAUUUCCUGCCUUCGUCGGCAUUGCCCCGCUUUUACGAUAGGUGAUGGUGGUGAUGGUGGUGAUGGUGGUGAUGGUGGUGAUGGUGGUGAUGGUGAUGGUGGAGAUGGUAGUGGUGAUGGUGGUGAUGGUGGUGAUGGUGGUGGUGAUGGUGGUGGUGGUUGUUUUGGUUGUCCUCAUGGUCCCCAAACAGCACCUCCCAGCCUGGGCACAGCCUCACACCAGGGCUGGGAUUUUGGUUUCCCAGGAGGGUGGUGCCUCUCACAGGGGGUUCCCCUCUGCCUGACCCCCCAGGGCUGGGGCUUUCCCCCCCACCCAGGAUGGUGUGAGAGCCCUCCCAGUCUCUGCUGGUUUGCUGGGAGGAGCUCGCGCUGUUGCUCUGGGCUGUCUCACGCUCGGUCUCAGCCUGUAAUUAAAAAUGAAAUAUUUGGGCCAAGUGCUCAAAUUAAGAACACAUUUUGACAGCUAACAACACCGAGGAGAGCCCUGGAGACCCUGACAGGGCAAUUAGUGCCUCUCCACUCGCAUUGGAGAGGAGUCUUGAGAGAAGAAGCGUGUUCACUCCGGAGGGUUUUUGGUACAAAAAUGCAAUUAUAGGGUAUAAAAGGAAAUGUUUAGAAACACACAAAGCGGGAGUGAGUCAGGAGCCUCCUUCACCGCAGGACAGGGAAGGCAGAAGAGAAGAGGUGCCCCAGACAUGACACUCUAACAUUUCCCCACCCCUGGCUGCAGCUCCCAUCAGUGGUUUCAUUUCUCUCCUCCCAUCCACCUCUCCUGGCUGCUGUUCCACGCUCAUCCUUUGGCCUCAGCGAGCUCCCAGCUGCUCAGCGCUCGGGAAUCUGGGUGGACCCUCUCCCUCUUGGCAGUGAACUUGCACAGCUAAGCCCAAACAAGAGGAAAGCACCUCCAUGGACCGAGCGAGCUGCUCUUGUGUGCCGGGACCUCCAGCACAGCUUUGCUUCCCCCUCCCUCCCUCCCUCUGAGCAUCCCUGGAGCUGGCUUAGAGCAGAAUCCUGGGGAGCUGUGGCAGCUUUCCAUGGUGAAUCCCAACACCAAACCAUCCUCUUCCAGGAGGGAGGGGUGAGCCAUGAACCUUGUGGGGUGUGUGGGGGCUGGGAAGGCUCCGCACGCUCCCAGCGCUCCUGUCCGAAAUCCAGCGGGUGGACACCAAGCCUGGGAGCCUGGAGAAGCUCUGUGCAGGCAGAGCUGGUGGAGAAGGGUGACCUGCAGGCCCUGAAGAGCUGGGGUGACGUGGAGCACAGAUGACACAGGGCUGUUUGUCUUGGACACGCCGGGAUCGACCGGAAAGCGGCGCCGACCUCUUGAGCAACACCGGGGCUUUGGCCGGCCGGGCAGGGGCUCAGCCUCUGCUCAGCUCAUAGGAUCUGAUUUCCAAGAUAGCACAAACAAAACAAUCCCUCUCCAGUGGACUCCUGGCUGGAGCCAGCCCUGCCAUGGAGACAGGAACAGCCUGCUGGUGCCAUUAAAGGUUAAAUCACAGCAAAUCCCAUCCCUCGUCUGCAAGCGUUAUUUAAUGAGUAUUUACUUUGUGGAAUUGCCUUUAUUGGUAGUUAACUGCAUAGAGGUCUCCGUGGGACAGCUGGUGCACCAUUUGAAAGGAAUAUUCCUCAACCCUUGCUGAGUGAAAUUGUUUUUGUAGACAAGUGGAGGCUUUGGGGCCAUUAAGAAGAUAAAACACAGAUUGUUUGCAGAGGGUUUUUAUUUUAUUUUAAUGGCUUUUGAAAAGAGCAGCUUUUAUUGUUUUAUUUGUCUGUUGUUAGCAGGCAGAAGGGCUGGAAAGAGGCACAGAUGUUCAUUUGCUGUUUGGCUGGGCCAGGCCCCAAACCCAGGGCAGAAGGUUUGAACCUCUCUCUGAAGCUGCUGAAACAUUUUCCAAGUCUUGAAAUGGCUCCUCUGCUCAGCACUUUCUCAGUAAAACCACUGAGGGCUGGGGUGGGACUCCCUGCAUAAUAAUUUAAAGCCUUGCCAGUGGAUGAGACAGUGUACAAACCAGAGGAAAUGAAGGGCUUUGUGCUUCCUUCCAGUGAUGGGAAAAUCACAGAUGGAUCCCAAACCUCCAGCUCUCAGCCCAGCUCCAGUUCAUCCAGACCACAGAA